GUUGUAAAACCCGGAGUAUUUCUGCUAAUCGGACCAGCUGUCUCUGUGAUCACCUCACACAUUUCGCUGUGCUGCUGGAUGUAUCCAGAACACCCAUCAGUGAUGCUGACAGCCAGAUUCUGACAGUGAUUUCAUAUCUUGGUUGUGGUAUAUCCUCCAUCUUUCUUGGCAUCACUCUUCUCACCUACCUUGCUUUUGAGAAGCUGCGUCGAGACUACCCAUCUAAGAUACUCAUCAACCUGUCAGCUGCAAUGCUGGGGUUGAGCAUCUUCUUCCUUCUGGACUCCUGGCUCUCAUCCUUCUCCAACUACAGUCUGUGCAUUGCCACUGCUGCAACGCUGCACUACUUCCUGCUGGCUUCGUUCACCUGGAUGGGCCUGGAGGCCGUGCAUAUGUACUUCGCACUGGUCAAGGUCUUCAACAUCUACGUUCCCUCCUACAUCCUCAAGUUCUGUGCUGUAGGAUGGGGUAUUCCUCUGGUCAUAGUCAGCUUGGUGCUGGCCAUAGAUAAAGACGCCUACGGCAGCGCUGUGCCUGAAGAGUCUGCAGUGAUGCUUCAGUCCACUGACCAAUUCUGCUGGCUGCAGAUUGACGUCUUCUUCUACGUAACCGUGGUGGCAUUUGUCCUUCUGAUCGUGCUGUGCAACACCUUUGUAUUCAUCGUGGUUCUGAUCCAGAUCAGACAGAUGAGUUCCAAUAAGCACUCAACAAACAGCCGCAUCUCUUUGCAUGACUUGAGGGCGGUGGCCAGUCUCACGGUCCUGUUAGGCCUGACGUGGUCGAUGGGCUUUUUUUCAUUUGGGCCAGGCAAAGUGGUCUUGAUGUACCUGUUCACCAUCUUCAACACCUUGCAGGGAUUCUUUGUCUUCUUCUUCCACUGUUUGAUGAAAGAAAAUGUGAGGAAACAGUGGAGAAUGCACUUGUGCUGCGGACGUUUCAGACUCAGUGAUUACUCAGACGGGAGCCGCUCUAUGACAAUGGGCGGUCGCUGCAAAAAGAAUCAUCUUAUUAACUCCGACUCAGUCGCUUCUGACAACACUUCCACCAUCAGAAAGGUCUCCGACUCCUCCACAGGAUCAACACCAAACCACCACCAGGGGGCGUGAGCGGGCCUCUGUAUGUGCCAUUCUGGACAUCUCUACCCUUCAAGAUCCAUCGUGCAUUCACUAACACUCAUAGCAGAACAUAGAACAGCUUCGUGUCUGUUAUGGGUUAGGGAAAGGAUCAAACAAACCGUACGUUCAGUGGGAUACACAAGGUCCGUGGACUCUCCUGCACCAUGAUCAGCCAUGAAAAUUAUAAUAAAAUGAAAUGAUGUCAGUUCAAAGUCCAGUAAAGAUGUGUGCUAUGAAAAGUACACAUUUUAUGCAGGCAGCUCAUAUUUAAUCUACAGUUUACCUUCAAGGUUUACAGUACUACUUUCACUGUACAGUUGAAUCACAGAAACAAAUAUUCAGUGUUUGUAAAACGUUUAAUAGUAAAGUAAUAAGUGAAGUAAAUGUUGCAUCGGAAGCAGUUAUAAGAGUUUUCCAUGUAAAUGUAACGUGAAUGUAAUGGAAAAGACAGUAUCUGUA